GAUUAUUGAUCAAUUCAUGUGUUCUUACCCUCCUUAUUCAUUUAGUAAAAGACGUAGGAGUUGUCCAAGCGAAAAUUAACUUAUUUUGUCAAACCAAUUUGCAGUUGGAGUGAGGUUUAGCACAGGUUGUCGGAAACGUAAACAGAUUCUGCUUUGUUCUUGAAAUCUCACGAGUCCGGUUUAGGAAAAAUAAGGUCCGUUACAAGCACACUAGGUUUAUUGCUUUUAAAUAUGUUUGUCGCAAAACGUUUCCUUUUGUCUCCUUGGAACCGAACAGUUCCAAUGAAUAUCUUUAGGUCACUAUCCACGGCUCCCAAGGAAUUGAGUCAACAGGACUCAAGAGUUUUAGACCAAGUCAUUCGAGUAGACCAGGCUGGAGAACUCGGUGCUAAUCAAAUUUAUAAAGGACAAUACUUUAUUCUCCAAUUUACCGACCCGAAAGUUGCACCCACCAUUCAACAUAUGUGGGAUCAAGAAAAGCAUCAUUUAAAAACUUUUGAUAAUUAUAUUCUCGAGAAUCGAGUAAGACCUACUCUACUUCGACCCUUUUGGGACGUGGCUGGAUUCGCAUUGGGUGCUGGCACAGCUCUUUUAGGUACGAAAGCCGCUAUGGCCUGCACAGAGGCAGUUGAAACCGCCAUUGGGGGUCAUUAUAAUGAUCAACUUCGUGAUACCGUUCAUUUGAACGAUGCGGCACCAGAACUAGAAAAGCUUCGUGAUGACUUGGCAGAAUUCCGAGAUGAUGAGCUAGAACAUCUCAAUACCGCCGUCGACGACUGGAAUGCCAAAGAGGCGCCUGCUCAUGGCCUUUUGAAUAAUGCUAUACAAGCUGGUUGUCAAGCAGCCAUUUGGUUGUGUAAGCGCUUUUAGCUUUCAUACAAAACCUUGGCAAGAAGCAGCAAUGAAGCUUUAUGCUUGUAGAUUGCAAGUUCUUCCCUUAAAGACAUCAUAAAGCAUUUAAAUUACAUAUAUCUAUGAUAUUUUACAACAGCUUAACUUUUGCACCAAUUGUCUAUUUUCCAUUAUACGAGAUGCUUAAAAAGUAAGUCAUGUCUAUAUUUAUGCAAAAAAAAAAGAAAAAACAAAGACCUUUCAAUAUCCUUUUAUGUUUCCAAACAAUUAAUUUGAUCAUAGCAUAUGAAAACAAACGUGUUCAAGGCCUGUCUUUUAUCACUGAGGGAACUGGAGUUAAUCUUUCGCCUCUUUUAGCAAUUAUUACUUUUAUUCUUGGAAUUUUCGUAAGGUAGACAGUUCAUCCAAAAUGCCUUGUAAACUCUCAUCGUCAAUUUUGUUUGACAAACUUGGAAUCAGUGUCCGCGCUUCUUCUGCAUCUUCACAGCAUAGUGUUCCUAAUUGAGCACGUUCAUAUUUAUGGAAUCGAUUUCCUAAUAUUCUAAAAUAAAAACAAAUAUUAACAAUAUAGGCUCAAAAAUAUUCCGAAUCCUUCAUACCUUUCGCAAGCGUAGGUAGAUUCUGCGGUUUUGAAUCUUCCGAAUACAUUAAAAUAGGAAAGCGUCUUUUUCAUGACACUUUUAAAUGUUAGUAAGAAUCCUUCAUUUUAUUUUAAUCUCAAUGAGCAUACUCAGUCAUAGGAAUUUCUGCAUUCGCUUCUCUUGUCCUUUGUGCCAUCACCGUAUCAAUUAGGAUUUUGGCCUCCGAAACUGUGAGCAUAUCUUCAUUUUCAAACUCUUCUCAUGUUAGACUAUUGUACCUUGUUACAUUUAACAAUAACAACACACCUGGUCCUAAUUUUAGUUGGGUUGCAUCUUCUUCAAAAAUUGCUCUAGGCAUUCUGUUUCUUGUGCUUUCCUAAAUCUUCCCUCCUGGAUAUUGCGAAACUGAAUAAAAUAUAAAAAAUGCUUCCUUAAAUUAAAUUGUUUAGUCCCCCUUCACCUUUCAGUUUUUCUUGAGUUGUCUGCAAGUGCCAGAAGGGAAGCCUUGAUGAUUUACCGAAGUAAUGAUUCCCUCCUUACUUGGUUUACCGGUGUCUAUGAAACCACGGUGAUAAACAAAUAAUAUUAGCUAGUUAUAUUCAUAUACUUGUAUGUAUGGAAUUCACCCAAA